UCUCUCAAACUCCCUACACUCUCUCAAAAUCCCUGAGAUGUAAAAUACACUCAACUCCCCCGAAAUCAAUGGAGAACUAACCCCCUGUUAAUUUGAUUUCAUUCAAAUUCUUCGUGAGUUACCUUCAGAGGGCAACACUUAGAUCAGAGCUGAAAAACAAUACAAUGAUUCUCCUCCUACGAAAGGAAAUUGAUCUUGGGUUUAGUUUGUUUGGUGGGAUUUUAAAGAGGGGUUAUGAUCCGGAUGUAAUUGUGUUUAAUAGUUUGAUUAAGGGUUUGUGUUUGGAAGGGAAGAUUCAGUCUGCCGUUAAACUGUUUGACAAAAUGAUUGAAAGGGGAGUUCAGCCAGAUAUCGUCACAUGUGGUACCAUAAUAACUGGGCUUUGUAGAGUUGGUGAAUUAGACAAUGCUCUUCACUUGCUGAGGAACAUGGCUAAAUGGAAUUGCAAGGCUAAUACGGUUGCGUAUAAUGUGAUUAUGGAUGCUUUGUGCAAAAGACGAUUAGUUGAUGAGGCUCUGAAUCUCUUUUCUGAAAUGGUAGAUGAUGAUAAGAUUGUUCCGGAUGUUAUUUUGUUCAACACUCUGAUUACCGGGCUAUGCAAUUCUGACAGGUUAACUGAGGCGGUCAGACUCUUCGAUAGCAUGUCUAAUCAAGGAGUUUCUGCGAAUUCGUGUACUUACAAUGCACUAAUUCAUGGACUUUGCAGUUCUGACAUGUUAAGUGAAGCAGUUAGCGUCUUCAAUAGCAUGCCCAGUCAAGGGGUUUCUGCUGAUUCAUUUACCUAUAAUUCUCUAAUUCAUGGAUUGGGCAGGCGCGGGUUAUGGAAGGAAACAAUCAGAUAUUAUGAUGAAAUGGUGGGUACUGGGAUUUCGCCCACUGUAGUUACUUUUAAUGUAUUAAUAGAUUGUCUGAUCAAAGAAGGAAGGAUGGAAGACGCUUCCAACAUAUUUGAUGCGAUGAUUAAGUUCAACAAAGAACCUGAUGUAUAUACUUAUAACUCCAUGAUUCUUGGUCUGUGUUCAUCAGGUAAGUUAGAGGAGGCACACAGAUUGUUUAACUCAAUGACGGAUAAGGACCUCGAACAAAAUGUUUACAGCUUCAAUCUGUUGAUUAAUGGAUACUGCAAGAGGUCUAGGUUGGAUGAAGCCAUUCAACUGUCCAAGGAAAUGCAAAAGAAGGGAUUAAAACCCAAUAAAAUCACCUAUAAUACGCUAAUAGAUGGACUAUGCAAGGCUGGAGAAGUUAGAACGGCAGAGAGCAUGUUAGUUGAGAUGCAAUCUCAUGGGGUAUCUCCGGAUAUAUUCACAUAUAAUUCGCUUGUGAAUGGUUUCUACAGAGCUGGAAACAUUGAGAAGGCAAGACAAUUGUUUUAUGAAAUCCCCAACAAAGGAUUAGUUGCAGAUGUUGUAACAUAUACCACCAUGAUCAAUUGUCUGUUCAAAGAAGGGAUGUUUAUUGAAGCUGAAAAACUGAUCAUUGAAAUGAAAAAUAAAGGGUGUAUACCUGAUGCCACUGCGUAUGAUACCAUUAUUAAGGGUUAUCGUGAGGGAAACUGUGUUGCAAGAGCAUUAGACUUACUCAAAGAAAUGCGCGGAAGGAAAAUGUUACUGAAUAAUUCCAGUAAAUCUCUGUUAAUCAGUUUCCUGUCUCCAGAACAACUCAAGAACUUGGAUUUUCCUGAAAGGUCAUCAUGAUUGCUUACUGCAAACUGAUUUAUUUGCUUACUUUUGGUUGUUGUAUUUUCCUUUUUGCAGUUGUAUGGAGUAGCAUGUAUAUCCCACUUAUCACAUAAAUAAAGAAAUUACAUAGCCUUUCUCAUUA